AGUUGGUGGAGACGCAGCAGGAGUUCGUCCGCGACUCCUUGCGGCUACAGCGCGAGACAGUGUAUAUCCUUAGGGAUUUCUCCACCAGUGUCUUGGCGGUCAUGCGUGACAAGCUGAAUGGUCUCUCAUCUUCCUGAAUAUGAAUCCUGAGUAUGACUACCUGUUCAAGUUGCUGUUGAUCGGUGACUCUGGUGUGGGCAAAUCAUGUCUGCUCCUGCGCUUUGCGGAUGAUACCUACACAGAAAGCUACAUCAGCACUAUUGGAGUGGACUUCAAAAUCAGGACAAUUGAACUGGAAGGAAAGACUGUCAAGUUACAGAUAUGGGAUACGGCCGGGCAAGAGAGAUUUCGAACUAUCACAUCAAGCUAUUACAGAGGGGCCCAUGGGAUCAUCAUCGUUUAUGAUGUCACGGACCAGGAGUCCUUCAACAAUAUAAAGCAAUGGUUGCAGGAGAUUGAUCGCUAUGCCUGUGAGAAUGUCUCCAAGUUGCUGGUGGGGAACAAAUGUGACUUAGCUUCUAAAAAAGUCGUGGACUUCACCACUGGAAAGGAGUUUGCCACGUCCCUUCAGAUCCCAUUCCUGGAAACCAGUGCAAAAACUGCAAACAAUGUGGAAAAAGCCUUCCUUACCAUGGCUGCUGAAAUUCAGAAGCGCGUUGCCAGUGACACUGUGGAAAACGAAGCAAGCAAAGUUGGCGCAAAAAUCGACAGUGCCCCCUUGUGGAACGCAGGGGGAAAGACAAAAACCGAAGAAUCCCGCUCUUGUUGUUAACGAUAAAGGCAGAAAGCUUUGUAAUUCAUCGGUCUGUCUUCUAACUUCUUAUCCUGGCCAGUUUUGUGGCAGUUUUGUGGCAGUUUUGUAGAAACAAUAUAAUGAUAUUAAUGAAAUGAAUUCUAACCAUGCAAGUAUAUCAAACUUACACUUCAUGUCCAUCUUCUACAUUCAAUGCCGCUUAAAAAUAAAUGUUUUAUCAAUGCCAAUAUUGCGCCCCAUUCUAACUUUUCCUCUAGAAUUUUAUUUUUUAAACAGGUUAUUAAUGAAAGAACUCUAUCGUUGUGUAACGUGCAUUUUGUGCAUGCAUU